AUGCUCACCGGAUGGGAUAAGUUCUUUCUGGUUCUGGCAAUAGCAGAAUUCAUCAUUGGAAUGCUGGGGAAUGUGUUCAUUGGAGUGGUAAACUGCUCCCAGUGGGUCAAGAACCAAAAGGUCUCCUUGGCUGACUUCAUCCUCAUCUGCCUGUCUGUCCUCAGAAUCUUUGAGCUCUUGGUGUUACUGUGUGACACAUUCUUAGUUGGAAUGGACCCAUAUUUAUUUGUCAUGUACAAGGUAGCAAAACCUGUUGCUCUCCUUUGGAGAAUAAGUAACCACUUGGCUACCUGGUUUGCCACCUGCCUAAGCAUAGUCUACUUCCUUAAGGUGGCCCGUUUCUCCUACCCUCUUUUCCUCUGGCUGAAGUGGAGAAUGAACACAAUGGUUUUUGUGCUGCUUCUGCUUUCUUUAUUCUUGCUGAUUUUUGAUAUUCUAACACUAGAUAGAAUUUUUGAUGUAUGGAUAAAUAUCUAUAGAACAGAUAAAAGUAAUCUGACUUUCUAUUUAGAUGAAACUAUCACGCUCUAUAUGAAAGACAUGGCCUUUCUUGGCAUAUCCUGUUUUGUCCCCAUUGCUCUGUCUCUGACCUCCUUGCUCCUUCUGUUUCUGUCCUUGGUGAGACACACUAGAAAUCUGAAGCUCCACUCCACUGGCCAUGGAGACUUCAGCACAGAGGCUCAUAAGCGGGCAAUGAAAAUGGUCAUGUCUUUUUUCUUCCUUUUGGUAGUUCAUUAUUUUUCCCUAGAAGUAGGACUGUGGGCAUAUUCUAUAUUUUGGGCCAAAAAGUACACAAAGUUUGUCAUAUUAACAUUCAGUGUCUUUCCCAUGGGCCACUCCUUUAUUCUGAUUCUGGGAAACCACAAUCUGCGACAGACAGCCUUGGUGGUGCUGGGCCGCCUUAAGGGCCACCUGAAAAGAUUCAGUUCUCUAGUUUUGUAG